ACCAAACAUGAAGAAGAAAAAAAAAGACAAUUAAAAAUUCUCAAACAAUGAUUUUGCUCAAAUUCACCAGUUCAGUUGAAAUUUAAUGAUCUAAUUUGACUCCAACUCCGAAGUUCAAAACCCCAAUUCUCCAUUUCCUCUCUUCCUUCUGCAGCAGAUCCUCUUCUUUCUUCAGUCCAAGAAGCUUCUGAGAGAACCCAAGAACAGGAGAAGAAACACAAACCCUGAACCCAAGAACCAAGAAAAAAGAAAAAUGGAUGAAUCGUUUUUGCUAAUGCUCUCAAAUCUCCUCCCAAACCCUCCCCCGCCACCGCCUCAAGUUCCGGCGGCCCCUCCUCAGCCACCGCCUCCGCCAUGUCCGUCUCCGCCUUCCGAGCCCUCGCCACCGAGCACAUCUGGUCCCUCGAAGCCCCUCUCCGCGACGCCCAGUGGCGUUCCCUCUACGGCCUCUCCUACCCCGUCUUCACCACCGUCGUCGAAAAGCUCCGGCCUCACAUCGCCCUCUCCAACCUCUCCCUCCCUUCCGACUACGCCGUCGCCAUGGUCCUCUCCCGCCUCUCCCAUGGCUUCUCCGCGCAAACCCUCGCCUCCCGCUACUCCCUCGACCCUUACCUCGUCUCCAAGAUCACCAACAUGGUCACCCGCCUCCUCGCCACCAAGCUCUACCCGGAGUUCAUCAAGAUCCCGGUCUCCCGCCGCAGACUCAUCGAGACCACCCAGGCUUUCGAGGAGCUCACAUCGCUUCCCAACAUGUGUGGCGCCAUUGACGGAAGCCCAAUCAAGCUCCACAAGCACAACUUGCCUGGAAACUACAAAUGCAAGUAUGGGUACCCUUCGGUUUUGCUCGAAGUUGUGGCUGAUCACAAGAAAAUCUUUUGGGAUGUGUGUGUCAAAGCUCCAGGAGGCACAGACGACGCAACCCAUUUUAGAGAUAGUCUUUUGUAUAAUAGGCUGACUUCUGGUGAUAUUGUUUGGGAUAAGGUGAUCAAUGUGAGGGGUCACCAUGUGAGGCCUUACAUUGUUGGGGACUGGUGCUAUCCCUUACUGUCUUUUUUGUUGACACCCUUUUCUCCAAAUGGGAUGGGAACUCCCGCACAGAACCUGUUCGAUGGAAUGCUUAUGAAGGGAAGGUCUGUUGUGGUUGAAGCAAUUGGAUUGCUGAAAGGGAGGUGGAAGAUUCUGCAGGACCUCAAUGUGGGUCUUAAUCAUGUGCCCCAAACAAUUGUUGCUUGUUGUGUGUUGCAUAAUUUGUGCCAGAUUGCGAGAGAGCCUGAACCGGAGCUCUGGAAGGACCCUGAUGAGAGUGGGGCGCCCCCGAGGGUGCUUGACAGUGAGAAGUCGUUUUACUACUUUGGGGAAAGCUUGAGGCAAGCAUUGGCUGAUGAUUUGCAUCAGAGGCUUUCGUCGAGAUAGGACAUGUUUCCUCAGUAAAGGGAUGGCUUCUUAACCCUUAUUUAUUUCUAUGCAAGGAUGUCCUUUUGUUUGUUAUCUUUGUUCUUCCUUUUAGUUUAGGUAGGGUGUAGAACUUGGAUGAAGCUAAUAUGUAAUGACUGUCAUAUAGUUGCUGGGACCAACUGACAUGGUAAUGAAAAUUACAAGAUUGGUAGAAAAGUGGAAAUUCACUAGUGUUUUAUCAAUAGCAUUGCAUUCUCAUCUCUGUAUUUAGCAGGGCCUGGUGAGGGGAUUAGUAGCCGGUGUGGUUUUAUGUCGAUUUGGCAGGAAAUCUGUCAACCUACAAUCUUGUACUUCUUAACAUUGCAAUAUUACUAUUGAAAAUUAUCAUAUU